ACUACUUAGAGGUGUUCCCAUAUAUCGCCUCUUAUCUAAAUGUAUUAAAAGAAAUUAUUCUUUAAUGAUAUCUACACAUAAUUAAAAAUGGCCAAUAACGGUGUUACAUAUAAAUAUCUUGGUAAAUCAGGACUUAAAGUAUCAACAAUAUGUUUGGGUACCAUGACAUUUGGUCAUAAGGAGAAUUAUGCUGUUCAAUGUGACGAAGAACAAUCGCACGCAAUACUGGACAAAUUCGUGGAAAUGGGUGGAAAUUUUAUCGAUACUGCCGACGUUUAUACGGGGGGAUCGUCUGAAAAGAUAAUUGGAAAUUGGUUAAGCAGGCAAAAGGAUAGAAGUCGAUUAAUACUUGCGACUAAAGCACAUGCAUGGGAUGAUGGAACGCCUAUUGAGGAAACUUUUACGGCUCUCAACGACCUAGUUUCAAUGGGUAAAGUACGAUACAUUGGCGUUUCUAAUGUAACUGGCUGGCAGUUACAAAAAAUCGUCGAUAUGUGCAAUUACAGACAAUUAUCACCUAUUACAACCCUACAGCAACAAUGGAGCCUGUUAACUCGGGAAACAGAAUAUGAGCUGGUUGAUGUUUGCCAGAAUGAAGGAGUUGGAGUUUUACCCUGGAGUCCAUUGAAAGGAGGCUGGCUGAGCGGAAAAAUACAAAGGGACGGUGAACUGGAAAAAGGAAGCCGAAUUGCCUGGACAUCGGAAGAUCCUGCUAGACUAGUUCAAAGCCAUCCCACUUUUGAUCAAUUCAACAACGAUAGAGUCUGGAAACUAUUGGAUACAAUAAAAACUAUUGGAUCUUCUCAUGGUAAAUCUGUAGCUCAAGUAUCUCUUAAAUGGUUAUUAGAGAAGGAUGUUGUUUCCUCUGUUGUUAUUGGAGCAAAGAAUUUGAAACAACUGGAGGACAAUAUGGGAGCCGGAGCAGAAUGGAAUUUAUCAAAGGAAGAUAUGAACAUUUUGAAUGAUUUAUCUAUGCCAAACAUUCCAUAUCCAUACGAAAUGGUUUCAAGGGUAAAUAAGACCAGAAAACGCUGAUUGAUUAAUGAUUUCUGUUUAUAACAUAUUUUGAUUUUUAUUAUAAAAGAAAAUCUAAUGAAAAUAAUCAAUUGAUUAGUCGAAUAAAAAAUAAACAAAACAAAAACAAAACAAAACAACAAAGAAAAGGAAAAAAAAUGGAAAAUAAAGAGAAACAAAAAACAAAAGAUGAAGAAACAGUAUUUAUAAAACAGUUUUAUAUUUCAUCUUUUCUUCACAUAAACUCCUUACGUCGCCGUUGCAUUCGUCGUAUCGAUUCCCUUGGCAGUGUUCCUGACGAAAAGGGGGAAGAAGAUAGGUUAUAAUGAUACUUAGAGAAAUGGAAUUAUACUAUUUUCUCCUACCUUCACACACUUCCAUAUAUUAAACUCUAGACUAUAUUCGUCAUAUAUUUUACACCAAUUAUUAAAUUCCUGCCUCCAAAUGCAUUCUGCAUCGUUAGGUAUACAAUC